AUGUUCGCCCACCUCACCACCGUCCUGGCCAUCGCAGGAGCCGUCUCUGCCGCCUCCUCCACUUCCGCCGCCGCAUCCUCAACCACCUCCUUCAGCAGCGCGGUCAUCUCCUUCCCCUUCGUUGACCCCUUCCACGAAGCGACCUACGUCCCCGACAGCGGGAUAAGCGGGCGCAUCAUCGACGUGCAGUCGUCGCGCACGACGCUGGUCUUCAGCUGCCAGACGACAGCCAAGUCCGUUGACGACUACUUCAACAACAAAGUGGGCGCGCUGUGCGCAGACAAGGACGACGACUCCAAGGAGGUCGAGGUCAUCUACGGCGACGGCUUCUUCGGCAUGCCCAUCAUCCAGAAGCUGGAUAACGCGGGCAAGACGACGGCCCACUUUGACCUCGGCUGCGCCGUCACGGCUUCCCCGGCCAAGAACGACGCUAGCAUCACCGCUAAGAGCGACCCCGUCUGCACCUAUGACCUCAAGGGCAACAAGAACGCCAAGGAAUUCCAGGAGCAGCUGGAGUGCUACCAGGACAAUGUGGCGGGGCCCAUUAGCGCGCAGAUGCAGUCGACCUUGAACACGGCCAGCGUCGACGCCUGCAUCUCCUCCAUCUCCGCGGCCAAGGGCACCCCGACCCAGGCCCUGGUCACACACCCCGCGUCCGCGGUGCGCUACUGGACCGUCACGGUCACGGACGUGCCCACCAACGUCACGCUGGCCGCGUCGCAGACGGCGAAGAACGGCGCUGCGGGCUCGAGCUUUGGCGUUGGCUCUUCGGCGGCGGGCGUGCUGGGGCUGCUGGCUGUUGUUUUGGGGUUGUAA